GACAGCCCCUGACGUUGACGGGCUGACGGGUGAAUUCAUUUCAUUUCAUGAUUCAUAAUUUCAUAUUUGCAAUUUUGCAACCGUUAAAUAAUAUUUCUAAUUCUAAUUUAGAGGCUAUAUACCAUUGAAUUGCAAACAAUUGAUAACAUUUACCAUAAAUGAAAUUUGCAGAUUUGUUUUCAUUUUGACAUUGUUUAAACAAGUUACCCAAGACUAUAAACUUUACACUAAUAUUUGUGUAAACCAACAAGAUGUGUUGGCAGUAGAAGAAGGAAGACACCCGUAGCGUGUUUUAAUGUAGGAACAUUUUAAUAUAACAGCUACAAAUAAGUUUCUCGGGUGGGAGUGCGUGAGGUAUGUGGCGCGGAGCGGGCGCGCGGUGGCGCGCGGCGGCGCUGCUGGCGGUGGGCGCGCUGCUCGUAUGGGCGUGGGCGACUCGGCGUAGCGUGGGCGUGGGCACGGGCGAGGGGCGGGGCGCGGUGGGCGCCGGGGCGGUGGCGGGCCGCGAGCUGCCGCUGAUCUUCAUCGGGGGCGUGCCGCGGUCGGGCACGACGCUGAUGCGCGCGAUGCUGGACGCGCACCCGGAGGUACGGUGCGGGCAGGAGACGCGCGUGGUGCCGCGCAUCCUGCAGAUGCGGCAGCACUGGAUGCGGUCGCAAAAGGAGAGCGUGCGGUUGGAGCAGGCGGGCGUGUCCAAGGCGGUGCUGGACAAUGCGAUAGCUGCCUUCUGCCUGGAGGUGAUCGUGCGGCACGGCGACCCCGCGCCGCGCCUCUGCAACAAGGACCCGCUCGUGCUCAAGAUGGGCACCUAUGUGCUCGAGUUGUUCCCCAAUGCUAAAUUUCUCUUCAUGGUCCGCGAUGGCCGAGCCACCGUUCACUCGAUCAUAACUCGCAAGGUGACCAUCACGGGGUUCGACCUGUCGAGCUAUCGGCAGUGCCUGAGCAAGUGGAACCACGCGGUGGAGCUAAUGUACCAGCAGUGCCGGUCGCUGGGCCCGGCACGGUGCCUGCUGGUGCGGUACGAGGCGCUGGUGCUGGCGCCGGCGGCCACCAUGCGCCGCGUGCUGGCCUUCCUGGACCUGCCAUGGGACGAGGCCGUGCUGCACCACGAGCGCUACAUCAACCAGCCCAACGGCGUCGCGCUCUCCAAUGUGGAGCGCUCCUCGGACCAGGUGGUGCGGCCGGUGAACCUGGACGCGCUGGACAAGUGGGUGGGCCAGCUGCCGGCGGACGUGCGCGCCGACAUGGCCGAGCUGGCGCCCAUGCUGUCCGUGCUGGGCUACGACCCCUGGGCCAACCCGCCGCACUACGGCACGCGCGAGCCCGCCGCGCCCUCCUCCGCCUGACGCCCUCCUUCGCCUACCAGAUGACUAUGGGACUACUUUAUUAUAUUUUUGUGUUAUGCGAUUAAAUGAAUUGUAUAUAUUUGUAAAUAGACGAUAUCGCCCUUGUGGCAGGAGCGCGCCCUGCGGUCCCUUAAUUAAAUUCUAUUUUAUGUU